CCUUUUCCUAGCCCCCUAGCGGCUAGCCCGCUGCACGCGCUGCAACUGGCAUCUGCUGGAGGUGCUGAAGGUACCGGAGGGAGUCUACGGAGGCGUCGAUCGGCCUCGUCUGCCUGAUGAGCCUUACUUUGAAAAAUUGCGAGAAGAGUGGAGGGUAGUUCGCGCGCGGUGUGCAUGCUGCAGGGGGCAGCUCUCUCUCGAUCCUGUCUGGUCGUGGCAGUGACACAGGCUCAUGGACGACGAUGAACGGGCUCCGCUGCUCCAGACUCCCGUCAACCAAGGCGCCAGCGAGUCACUGCGCAGCAACCGCAGUGCGUGCAGUUCGACCAGCGAGGCGCUAUCCAGCCAGUCUGUCAGGAAGCCCUUCCACUACCCGGUCGGGGAGCAGGGCCGGGUACUGUCGGAUCCAGACUUGAACGCCGCGGCAACCUACAGCCGCUAUCGCUACUACAACAAGCUCGUGCAUCCAGCCACACAGCUGCUGACGAUUCCCGACCAUGUUGUGCCGGCUUACUUCCUGGUCCCCUUCUUCAACACCGAGGCGGGAGGAGAGCAGAGCAGCCUUGUGACGAUAUUCGCCAUCUGGAACACAAUGAUGGGUACCUCUCUACUGAGCAUGCCUUGGGCCAUCUCACAGGCAGGCUUCGCCACGGGGACCCUUCUGAUCCUGGCCAUCGGGGGGCUGUGCCUGUACACCGCCUUCAGGGUGUUGGACAGCACACGGCUGGCAGGUCCUGCCGGAGGGGGCCCCGUGGAGUUCUCGGACGUGUGCAGGCACCUGCUGGGCCCCUGGGGGGAGCGCUUGGCCAUGGCCUUCUCCCUCCUGCCCCUGCUGGGGGCCUGCGUGGUCUUCUGGGUCCUCAUGGCCACCUUCCUCUCUGGCACCGCCCACUUUUUGCAUGGUCACAUCGCUGGGACGGUUGGAGACGAGAAUGGGGAGGACCUCAUCUGCCGGCACGCGUUCAACGGGACCCUUGGUGUCGAAAUGUCACCCUUCUCGGUGCUGGAGAGCAAGUACACCAUGCCCCUAGUCCUGGUGGUGUUGCUCUUCCCGGUCAUCAACCUCAAGUCUCCCUCUUUCUUCUACAAGUUCAACGCACUCGGGACGGUUUCGGUGUUCUACCUCCUCAUCUACAUCCUCAUCAACGCUUUUACCUGGGGCAUCAAUGUGGACUUUGUGGAUGAGACCAGCACCUCGUACGUUCCAUUGUUCAGGACCACCUUUCCUGCCCUGACGGGGGUGCUGUGCCUGUCCUUCUUCAUCCACAACUGCGUCAUCUCCAUGAUGCGCAACCAGAAGAACCCCGAGCACAACGCAAGGGACCUCUCCGUGGCAUUUGGCCUCGUCAUCACGACAUACCUCUUGAUCGCCGUUCCUUUCUACAUCUCCUUCCCGCUUGCCAAGCACUGCAUCGAAGACAACCUUCUGAACAACUUCAGCAACCACAAUGUGAUGGCCUUUGUGACGCGCAUCUUCCUGCUGGUCCAGUACACCACCCUGUUCCCCAUGAUCACCUACCUGCUCAGGGUGCAGUUCAUGCACUGGGUCUACCGCCUUGUCUACCCAGGGCUGAAGCAGGUGAUGGCCUUGAAUGCGGUGGUGGUGGUCAUGUGCGUCCUCUUCGCCAUCUUCUUGCCCCAGAUCGGCACCAUACUGCGGUUCUGUGGGGCCCUCUCGGGCCUGGUGUACAUCUUCACCCUGCCUUGCAUCAUCUACAUGGUGGCAAUGCGUGGCAAGCUGACUGCCUGCAGCAUGGUCUUCCACAGCUUUAUCAUCCUGCUGGGACUGGCAAACUUCGCAUCCCAGUUCCUGUUGCAGUACCUAGAGUCUCUGGCCUGAGCCAAGACCCUCCUCCUCCUAAGGGAGACAUGCUCUCUUAUUUUCUGAAGCUCUGUCCUCAGCAGGACACGAGAUUUCAGGGCAUAUCCUCUCUUUCUUGCUGAAGCUCCGUCUUCAGCAAGACCUACCCGAGAUUCUAGGCAGUGAUCCUGGGACACGCUCCCAUCUGUACUGAAGCUCCGUCUUCAGCAAGAUGCGAGAUUCCAGGGCAUCCGCUUUGUUUCUUGCUGGAGCUCCAUCUUCAGCAAGACGUACCUGAGAUUCUGGGCAGCAAUUUUGGGGCACACGCUCUCUUCUUUGUUGAAACUCUGUCCUCUGCAAGACCCAGGAUUCCAGGGCACAUCCUCUUGCCGAAACUCCGUCCUCAGCGCGACCUGAAAUUCUAAGGCGCUUGUUCCCUUCCCUGUAAGACGAAUUGACUCGAGUCUCGUGCCAGACCCAAGAUGUUAGGCGAUCGUCACCCGCCAACACCGCCCGACGACUCCGUUCCAGCCACCGUGAAGUGUGCUUCACCCCUAAGCCGACAGUGCAAUGGUAUCUAUAGGCUCAUUGGACCAAUCAUAGGUCUUUUUUGCCAUGUGAUCGUGAUUUCAUACCAACACUUUCUGGUAGCAAGGACACAGUGCUGAAUUUUUGGCGUCGCCUAUCGGAAGCGAGCGCAGGGCACAGAUUGGACACAAGUGCUGCAUCAGCGUUCGGCCGUCCACUAGGGCUCAUUCAGCGAAGACAAAGUCCCGGCUGAAUGCUGAUGGAGUGCUUGUGUCCAUUCUGCGCCUGCGGCGGCCUCUUGUGGCACCGAAACUUCAGCCCUGUUAUCGCAUUGUCAUCUGGGAAGUGUUACCCAUACCCAUGCACAGAGUGGCGGCUGACAGGAUGAAAAGGAGUAGGUUGAUUUAUCUUGCAAACAUAGUUCCCACCGCAUUGUUAACCUACGGGUGAACAGAGUACAGUGGCAGCAUUGAACAACCAACAGCGUCCGACUGAAUUUUUUGUCGAUCCACCAGCCCGAGUUGUUGUUACACCUGCUAACGGGCAUAGCCGUCCCGGUGAACGGCACGGGCAUGCCUUGUGUGCAGCCCUUUAAACUACUCGGAAGGUGUGAUGUGGGUCGUGUGACGUAUCGGCAGAACCGCAACGUACUCCCGGUAGGCUCCGACCAUUUAGAACUCGUACUUGUACAAAUUUCCCAGUGCCUUGCAUGCGAGUUGAGCCCUAAGUGCGAGAUUACUUCUAUACGAUGUUUACCACUUUUAUAGUUUUAUUGCAUGGAGUAUAUAUAUUUUUGUUAUACAAUAAAAUUUGAGCAAACGUGCUGCUAGUCA